CCCCCAAAAGCGGAAGGGGUUCCAGUGCGUGCUUAGAUGCGGGCGAUGGGGGAAAACGAGUCGGUUUUGUGCUUUCUGUCUCCGGAGGACUCUUUCCUCUGAAACCCCUCGAGGCUUUUCUCUGCGUUUCUCUCCACACUUCCGCCUUUGCCUUGCAUCCUCCUUUCCUUGCUUCGGUACUUCCCCCGGGUUCCUAGGCUUCCUUCCUGCAUUGCCUGAUGGAAGGACAACAUAUAAUGGCCCAGGUCCACAUCCAAGCCGCCUCGUCUAAUUCCGUAGCCGGGGAAGAAUCCAGGCGGUUGCCGAACCCCGUGCGGGUUGCAGCCAGGGAAAGCAUGGCCGGAGGACGUCUGUUGGACAGUCACAGCUUGGAUGGGAUAAGCCAGGUAUACGGGGCAUCCAAGAACCAAGAAGGAAGGAGGGCUACUAUAUCGAGCGCCUUGGAAUUGGAAGGAACAGUGAGCUACGAUGGAGAUCUGACACAUUUUGUGGCCAACAACUUGCAAAUGAAGAUCAAGAUGAGCUCUCGGGGCAGUCUGGAUGAUACAGAGCCCACCUCCUCGUCGAUGUCAUCCCAACACUCUGUCCGAGGCAAAACUGCAGACAUCCCUCCAGUGGAUCCUCAGGUCCUUCGGGAUCUGGAAAGGCUGACCACAGAUGUGGCACAGAGAGUAGACCAGAUGUUGAGAGCCUUGAACAGUGCCAUCCAGAAUAUGACAGCACUCAGUGUAGGCUACAUCCAGACCUAUCGAGAUGCUGUGGACAGUUUGGGUGAAUCCGUGGACAUGAGCAUCAAAGGGAUGUACACUCUGAUGGCCAGGUGUGAGGAGUUGGAUCGCUCCAUGCAACCUGUUCACAUCCUCGCUAAGCAGAUCCGGGAGAUUAAGAGGACUCUGGAGAUUUUUGAGGCCGUCUGCAAAUAGGAUCCCUUCUUUGGAAGGGAUCAAUUUGUGGAACGGUGGGAAAUAAAAAAGGGUGAGAAUUGGGCUUCCUGGGAUUUGGGAUUUGAAAGGGAAACUUGUGUUUUUAAUGAAAUAUUUCGAGGAAUAAAUUAUGACAGUACUGUA